UUUUUCCCCCACAGAUUUAACUCCAUCUGAACUAAAGAUCCACCGCAUCUCCCAAAAUGGAUAAGUUUCGUAUGAUGUUUCAGUUCCUCCAAUCCAACCAGGAAUCUUUUAUGAAUGGCAUCUGUGGUAUCAUGGCACUAGCUAGUGCACAGAUGUACUCUGCCUUUGAGUUCAGCUGCCCCUGCAUGCCAGAAUACAACUACACCUAUGGGAUCGGACUGCUCAUUAUUCCAUCUAUAUGGUUCUUUCUGUUAGGUUUUGUAUUGAACAAUAACGUGUCAGUGCUCGCAGAGGAGUGGAAAAGACCCACAGGGAAACGGAUCAAGGAUCCAACAAUCCUUCGUUACAUGUUUUGCUCAAUUACACAGAGAUCAUUGAUAGCACCUGCAGUGUGGGUGUCAGUCACUCUCAUGGAUGGGAAGAGCUUCCUCUGCGCUUUCAGCAUCAACUUGGAUAUUGACAAGUUUGGGAAUUACAGUCUGAUGAUGGGGAUGUCAGAGAUGGAGAAGAUGAAACUGCUGGCAAGGAUUCCAUGCAAAGACCUAUUUGAGCAUCAUGAAAUAAGAGUGGCAGCAUCACGAUACAUCAAGUGUAUAUCACAGGCAUGUGGAUGGAUGUUUCUGCUCAUGAUGACCUUUGCGGCCUUCCUGAUCCGAGCUAUUCGACCAUGCUUUACUCAAGCCGCCUUCCUCAAGACCAAGUACUGGUCCCAUUACAUAGACAUUGAGCGCAAGAUGUUUGAUGAGACCUGUAAGGAGCAUGCCAAGAGUUUCGCCAAGGUUUGCAUCCACCAGUACUUUGAAAACAUCAGUGGGGAGAUGCGCAGCUUCCACCACAAUCGCUCCAGCAUGGACGACACCGACAAAGAAGAGGAGGAUAAGAGAAGUGAUGAAGAAAAGCUUCUGGGUAUCAGGGCCCAGGAGGAUAUGAAUAAAGUUUUAUGGAAUUGGCACACCUGUAAGCCAGCUCUGGCUCUGAGAAAGGACAAAAUGGACGGUGAAUACAAUGGCAUACUGAAUGGAGAGGCCAAAGGAGCAACAAACGGAUUUGUAAAGGGACACACCCCUGUAGUGGAAAAAAGGGAAUGGGCAGUGUAUUACAGUAAGGUCUGAAGAGUUGAAAGGGACAAAGGAAAGCUUGCAUUGGCUCUUCUUUAACUUUCCUGGAAUGUUAGAUUGUUUCAGGAAUCAUUUCAAUUUGUAUUAGCUAGUAUUAGUAAUUUGUUAAAGUUAGCUAGAAAUAUAAUGAAUUAGAUUUUUACCUCAAUGCACAGAUCAUAUAAACGAAUAUAAAUUAAAGUCACUGUUUGACUGAUAGUACAAUACUUGAGCAUUGUCAACAUAUUUCGGGUUCACAGAAGUUCAGUUAACUGAAGAACCUGUUUUGUCACAACUAUUUAAUCAACUGUUCUAGUCAUAAAUUACUAACAAACAAUCUGCUCUCUGAGGGACAGAGCUUUGCAAAAAUCUGAAGUCCGUAAAGUCUAGGCUGCAGAAGUAGAGCUGCUGUAUCCGGCUGAUAGUAAUGCAUUAUUACAGCACACUGGAG